AUGUCGUCCACGGACUUGGUCGAACACGUCGCGAAGCGGCCGCGCACGGAGCUCAUCAUCCCGGCGACGUCCGUCACGGCGGGCAACGCGCAGCUGAGCCUCUACGACGACGACGACGACGAGGAGGAGCCGCGGACGUCCGGGCUCCAGGCGCCGAUCAUGCUGCUCACGGGCCAGGAGGCGGCGGUCUACGCGUUCAGCUUCGGCCCCACCGGCGAGUUCGCGGCGUCGGGCGGCGCGGAGCGCGCGAUCUACCUCUGGGAGGUCUACGGGGACUGCGCGAACUACAACGUGCUCCGGGGCCACAAGAACGCGGUUUUAGAGCUCUCCUGGCUCCGCGACGGCCGCACGCUCGCGAGCGCGUCCGCGGACGAGUCCGUCGCGCUCUGGGACUGCCACGCGGGCAAGCGGAAAAAAAAGUACGCGGGCCACGGCGGCGUCGUCAACGCCGUGCGGGCCGCGCGGUCCGAGGACACGCUCGUGAGCGGCGGCGACGACGGCUGCUGCGUGCUCUGGGACGCGCGCGAGCGCCGGUCCGUCAAGACGCUCGCCGGAGACUACGCGGUCACGGCGGUCUGCUUCGACGAGGACGCGUCCCGCGUCUUCGCCGGCGGCCUCGAGGAGUCGGUCAAGUGCUGGGACCUGCGCAUGGACGACGUCGUCUACGAGCUGCGGGGCCACGCGGACACGAUCACGGGCCUGUCGCUGUCGCCGGACGGCACGAAGCUGUUGAGCAACGCGAUGGACGCGAAGCUCCACUGCUGGGACGUCCAGCCCGCCGCGGGCGAGGACCGGCUGCUGACGACCUUCGUGGGCCACCAGCACGACUUCCACAAGAACCUCCUGCGCUGCAGCUGGUCCAGCGACGGCGAGAAGGUCGCGUGCGGCUCCAGCGACCAGGUCGUCCACGUCUGGGACGUCGCCACGGCCGAGGAGCUCUACUACCUCCCGGGCCACAAGGGCUCCGUCAACGAGGUCGACUUCCACCCGAAGGAGCCCAUCCUCGGCUCGGCAUCCUCCGACAAGACCGUCUACCUCGGCGAGAUCGCCUAG